GUUAUACAUAUUGCAACAUUAUGCCAUGCUGUGCCCAUAAAUGUCAAAAUUUCUGUCCAUCUUUAUUCAAAAAUCAUUUGAUUAUUCACGAGCCAAACACAGCUUCGUCGUCAUGUCCAAAAGAAGUGGUUUCCAUAGAGCCCCUAAAUUUAAGCCCGAAGUGAAAGUGGUACAACGGCCUCCUAAGCCCACAAUAAACAUAUUCAGAACUGAGAAAGUUGAGGUUCUGCCUGAACCAAUAAAAUCUGAAGCUGAUAAAAAGCUGUACAAGACAAUUAGAUUAGAAAAUGGUUUAACAGCUCUGCUCAUAUCAGAUCCGACCGGGCUUGAUGUAGUUGAUGAUACGUCCAGCGAAGAGGAGAGCAGCAGCUCGGAUGACACCAGUGGUCCGGAGAGUGACACACAGUCGGAACGCUCUGGAACCAGCGACCAACAUGGAAAUAAGAAACGCCAAGACUUCAAUGAAGAGAAACUGGCGGCAUGCGCGCUGUGCGUGGGCGUGGGCAGCUACAGCGACCCGCCCGACAUACAGGGGCUGGCGCACUUCGUCGAGCACAUGGUGUUCAUGGGCAGCGAGAAGUACCCCAAGGAGAACGAGUUCGACGCCUUCAUCAAGAAAAAGGGAGGUUCAGACAACGCCUCAACGGAUUGCGAGGUGACGACAUUCUACUUCGAGAUCCAAGAGAAGCACCUCCCACACGCAAUGGACAUGUUCAGCCAGUUCUUCGUGAGCCCCCUCAUGAUGAAAGAAGCCAUGCAGAGGGAGCGAGAGGCUAUACAAUCCGAGUUCGCUAUCGCCGCGCCUUCGGACUCGAACCGCAAAGACCAGCUGCUGUCCAGCCUGUUCCCCGAAGGACACCCGGCGCGGACAUUCACGUGGGGCAACCUCAAGAGCCUGAAGGACAUGGUCGAGGAUGACCAUCUGCACAAAGCUGCUCACGAGUUCAGGAGGCGACACUAUAGCGCGCACAGGAUGACGCUCGCCGUGCAAGCUCGAAUGGAUUUAGAAACUCUAGAAAAAUACGUGGUAAACACGUUCGGCCAGAUCCACUCGAACAAGCUACCGUCAGACGACUUCACCGACUACAUGUUCCGGCCCGACCUUGUCACGGAACAGUUCCGGAGCAUCUACUACGUCAAGCCCGUCAGCGAUACUACUGAGGUUCAUUUAACAUGGAGCAUGCGGUCCCUGAUCUCCGAGUACGAGUCGAAGCCGCACCAGUAUAUUUCCUACUUGUUGGGGCACGAGGGCAAAGGCAGUCUUCUGUCCUAUCUUAGGAAAAAGGUGUGGGCGCUGGGCAUCUACACGGGCAACUCGGAAAGCGGCAUCGACUACACCUCCAUGUACAGCCUGUUCUCCACGCAGGUGGUGCUCACCAAAGACGGGCUGGACCACAUCGACGAGGUUUUGGAAGCAAUAUUCUCAUACAUAAACAUGCUGAAACAUUUGGGACCAUCGGAAAGGAUUUAUGAUGAAAUAAAGACUAUAGAAGAGACAAGUUUCCGUUUCGAAGAGGAGUCUCAACCGGCGGACUACGUGGAGUCGCUGGCGGAAAAUAUGCACUUUUACCCGCCCGAACACUACAUCACUGGCGACCGUCUUUACUAUAAAUAUGAUCCUAAGGGAAUCCGUGAGGUGCUGGAGUGCAUGAGCGCGGACAGCGUGAACAUCAUGAUCCUGUCCAACAAGCACUCGAGGAAGAUCGAGUACGACGCCAAGGAGAGGUGGUUCGGCACGGAGUACCGCAGGGAAGCAAUCCCCCCCGCGUGGCUCGAGCGCUGGCUGAACGUGGAGCCCUACAGCGAGUUCCACAUCCCCGACAAGAACAUCUACCUCACCACGGACUUCUCGCUCGCGCCGCCGCCGCAGCCCUACCUCGACGCGGCCAAGGAGCUCGGCGUAGAUCUGGCUAAUAGUUCUACUAAAGAUAUUUACAAGAGGACUGAGAAGAGAGGGGAGCAGACGACUAUUCUUUCUAAGGAUGAUCUCAUGGCUACCGUCAAUAAUUUCAGGCUCGACCAGCCCAACCUGCUCCGCAAGAACAAGCACAUGGAGCUGUGGUACAAGCCCGACUUCAAGUUCCGCUUCCCCACAGCACUUCUAUACUUCUACUUCAUCACGCCGCUCAGCCUCAAGUCUCCGAGAGAAGCUUGCCUUUUGGAUUUGUGGACUGACGUUUUACAACAGGGGCUCAAAGAAGAAGUGUAUCCGGCAAAUAUGGCCGACCUCUCGCACUCGCUGUACGUCUCCGACAAAGGCUUGACGCUCAAAGUGACCGGAUACAGUCAAAAUUUACACCUGCUGGUGGAGCUGAUAACCGUCGAGAUGACGCGGACGAGCGGCGUGCUGACGGCGCCGCUGUUCGAGGCGGUGCGCGACGUGCGCGCGCGCGCCUACCACAACGUGCUCAUCAAACCCCACAAGCUCGCCAAAGAUGUUCGGAUGAACAUACUGCUCGAGCCGUAUAUCUCGCCGCGGGAUAAAGCGUCCGUCGUGCACAACAUCACUCUAGACGAACUGAAGCACUUCAGCAAGCAGCUGCUCAGCAAACUCUACUUGCAGGUGCUGAUACAAGGCAAUAUCGAGUGGGACAGAGCCAUUCGGAUAUCGGACAGUGUUUUGUCAACUAUCAAAUGGGAAGGGCUUGCUGAAAACGAGCUUCCUAAUCUUCAAGUGCACCAGCUGCCUCUCGGCGAGAAAAAGAUCCGCGUGAUGAGCCUCAACCCCGAGUCCACCAACAGCAUCGUCACUAACUACUACCAGGGGGAGGCCACCACUCGGGAAGACACCGCCACGCUCGAAGUUCUCAUGAUGGUGAUGGAAGAGCCAGUAUUUGACGUGCUGCGCACCAAGGAGCAGCUCGGGUACAGCGUGUUUAGCAUGAUGCGGUACACCUUUGGAGUGCUGGGUGUCAGUGUCACUGUCAACACGCAGGCCGACAAGUUCAGUGUUUCGCACGUGGAUAGCCGUAUAGAAGCGUUCAUGAAGAAGUUCUCGCGCGACGUGCGUCGCCUCGGCGAGAAGACCCUCGAAGCCACCAAGGACUCUCUGGUCCAACUCAAGCACACCACCGACUACGAGCUCAAAGAGGAGGUCGAAAGAAAUUGGAGGGAAAUUGUUAGCAGGGAAUACCAAUUCCAAAGGCUGUUCUUAGAGGCGGAGGCCAUUGAAAAAAUCAAGCUGUCAGAUCUCAAGAGUUGGGUGGCGAACCAUUUCUCGACCGGAAACAAGUCUAAAUUCAGGAAACUUUCCAUACAGAUCGUAGGUCACAAAUCCGCCACCCCCAGCGCCACGCCAGCCCCGGCCGGCGCGUCCGUGGGCUACGCCCUCCGCAUACUCGCCGCGCCCGAGCCGGGCGACAGCGCCGAGAACAUCGCCGACUUCAUCACCGACCUCACCGACUUCAAGCAUCGCCUGCCUUUCAUACAAGUGCCGCUGGUCGAGCUCGCCACGUGUUAA